UUUCCAGUUACAAUUGAACUUAUAAGAAAACGUUCUGAACACAACGAAGGUGAGAUCGGCACUUUAGAAGAAAUAUCUUUACACCAGGAAGAUAUUACUAAAAUAGAAAAUUUACAAAAUUGGUGUAAAGAUUUAAAAAUAUUACUUUUGCAAUCAAAUUUAAUAUUUAAAAUAGAAAAUUUGAACAAAUUAAAGAAAUUAGAAUAUUUAAACUUGGCAUUGAAUUGUAUUGAAAAAAUAGAAAACUUGGACCGAUGUGAAUCUUUAAACAAAUUAGAUUUGACCAUGAAUUUUAUAGGAAAACUUGAUAGUAUUGGAUCGUUAAGAUACAACACACAUUUACGAACAUUGUAUCUCACUGGAAAUCCUUGUACAGAUUUUGAUGGAUACCGCGAGUAUGUUAUUGGAACUUUACCACAAAUUGACGUACUCGACGGAAUUGAAGUGACUUCAUUUGAUAAAUUAGUCGCCAAACAGCAGUUAUCAAAUGUUACACGCAAAAUUAUUGCCCAACAAAAAACCUAUGAAAAUUUCAGAAUAGAACAAAAAAAGACAUCAAAAUCUAUAAACAUUACUGAGGAAACUUUAGAAACGUACGAAAAGAAUUAUGAAGAAACAGACGAAGAUUUUUGGAAUCAACCUAGUGAAAACACUCCGGAGUGUCGCGUUGAGAUGGCGUUUCAUAGCAGACGAGCUCAGCGAAAGCAAGAUGAAGAGAAAAAAACGCCCAAACAAGAAAAGUGGACUCCAAAAUUGUUCGCCGAAGACGGCCGUCCGUAUAAUUUAAAUCAAGCUAAAGUUCCGUAUAAAUUGGAGAAUGAAGACAACAGAUACGUGCUCACCGUUCAUGUGUAUAAGUUCAUGGACACUAGCGAAUUGGACUUGGAUGUUCAACCAACGUACGUGAGGGUCACGGUUCGAAAAAAGAUAUUACAAUUAGCGUUGGACGAAGAAGUAAGAGUGGACGAAUCCAAUGCGAAACGGUUGAUUGGUUCAAAACUAUUGGAAAUAACUAUGCCUAAAGUUAAACAAAUAAUCUGUCCGGUUAAAACACAAAGCGCCAAGGACAAUGAUUUUCGCAAUGAAAAUAAAUCUAAAUUAACGGAUGAAGUAUUUAAUAGCCAAAAGCCAGUGGAAUUUUGGAAUAUAACCAAUUCAUCAACAAGCAUGAAGAUAGUGGGAAACGAAAAACUUAAAGAUUUCGUAGACAAUUCAGAAGUACCGCCUUUAGAAUAAAGGUUAGAGGCUCCUAAUAUCUACCACAAACAAUAUAAAUAAAUUAUUUACACUAUUAAUCCAUUUUUGAUGUAGGCAUUGGAAGGUAAUUUAUAGAGUAUCUAGAUGAAAAUAUAGUAACUUAUCUUUUUUAAUUUUUGUUUUAAAUAAAGAAAACCAUGUAGAUAUUAUUUACUAUGUUAUAUGUUUUGUAUACAGUUAACCCGAUGGCUACUGUUAAUUAACCCCAAUUAUUACCAUGGUUGAAGAAAUUAGACUUUAUCAAAAUGUUUAUUAGUAUAAUAAUUUUGUAAAUUAAAAACCGUGAAAAUAAUUAGGCUCGAUUGAGUGUUAUACACUUAUAUUGCAAUUGUUCAUAUUUUGUUUCUUCAUAUUAUAUGUACCUACCUUAUUCUUUUAAGAACAAAUUCAAAUUUUAUGCAAUAUCAGUUUUAGAUUAAGUUUAAAUGUAUAUAUAAAUCAUUUUUAUAUGCCUGGUUUGAAAUAAUUGAAAAUCAGUUAUCAGUUUUAUCUAAGUGUAUUAAAAAUAUUUAUUAUGAA